UUCCUCCCCCCGCCUUCAUCCAAGCGGAUGAAAACAAACACUAACGAUGGCGGCGCCGGGAGUCGACCGGCCGCUGGGCUUAAGGCGGGAGUGAUCGCUUGAGCUGUGAGGGCACUCUUGCAGAGCGCCAGUCAACGUGAGUGCGACAACUCGCGCAGUCCUGGGAGUGAAACACCCGGGGCCCAUGAGCCACGAGCCUCCUGAGGCUUGAGGUAUCUAUCUGCGACCCCUGCUGUCACUGCAGCUCCGGGGCGUAGAGUCCUCAGCCAGGAGGCGCAGCUGGCCGGCCCCAGGCCCCGGCCUCCGUAAUGAGAGCCCAGAGCCAAUCUCUGUGUCGCAGCUUCGCAGGUGAGGGUGACUGUUGACUAGUGAAAAAAGGGACCCAAGGUUCACGACUAUCUUCUUACUGGCAGUGGAACGACCUGUGGAAACCGGCGAUCCAUUCUCAUUUAAUAAAUCUCUGGAUUUUUAUCUUGAAGUCCCAGCAGUCCAUUUUUGCUUUUGUUUCCCUUGCCUCGCCUCGCCUUACCUCGGGAGACUAGCUAGUAAGAAGUAGCUACGGUUGAUGUCAAAGAGGUUGCUGCCUGUGUUCUCUAGGAUUUUGAUGGUUUCCUGUUCACAUUUAGAUUCCUAUAGGCAAUGGAAACUGAUCUCAGUUCCCAGGACAGAAAGGACCUGGACAAGUUUAUUAAAUUUUUUGCCCUCAAGACUGUCCAAGUGAUUGUCCAGGCUCGACUUGGCGAGAAGAUUUGUACUCGUUCAUCUUCAUCCCCAACUGGUUCAGAUUGGUUCAAUUUAGCAAUCAAAGACAUCCCAGAGGUUACACAUGAAGCAAAAAAGGCCCUGGCGGGACAGUUGCCUGCCGUUGGGAGAUCGAUGUGUGUGGAGAUCUCACUCAAGACUUCUGAGGGAGAUUCCAUGGAGCUAGAGAUUUGGUGUCUCGAAAUGAAUGAAAAGUGUGAUAAAGAGAUUAAAGUUUCCUACACGGUGUACAACAGACUGUCGCUGCUGCUGAAGUCCCUCCUUGCCAUAACUAGGGUGACACCAGCUUACAGACUCUCCAGAAAACAGGGGCAUGAAUAUGUCAUAUUGUACAGGAUAUAUUUUGGGGAAGUUCAGCUGAAUGGCUUAGGAGAAGGUUUCCAGACAGUUCGUGUUGGGACAGUAGGCACCCCUGUGGGCACCAUCACUCUUUCUUGUGCUUACAGAAUUAACUUGGCAUUUAUGUCUACCAGGCAGUUUGAGAGGACUCCACCUAUCAUGGGGAUUAUCAUUGAUCACUUUGUGGACCGUCCCUAUCCCAGCUCCUCACCCAUGCACCCCUGUAAUUACAGAACUGCUGGUGAGGACACUGGAGUAACAUAUCCUUCUGUGGAAGAUUCUCAAGAAGUGUGUACCACCUCUUUUUCCACCUCCCCUCCGUCUCAGUGUGUGUUUACUGUCACAAAGGCACAUUUUCAGACCCCUACUCCUGUGGUGACGGACACUCUGAGGGUCCCCAUGGCAGGACUGGCCUUUUCCCAUCAACUCUCAAGCUCUCGCCUUUCCUAUCAGCCUGCUGCCCUGGGCGUUGGAUCAGCUGACCUGGCUUACCCAGUAGUGUUUGCUGCUGGCCUAAACGCCACACACCCUCACCAGCUCAUGGUUCCUGGGAAGGAAGGUGGGGUACCCCUUGCUCCCAACCAGCCUGCCCACGGUGCCCAGGCUGACCAGGAGAGACUGGCAACCUAUACUCCGUCUGACGGGGCGCACUGUGCUGCCACACCUUCCAGCAGCGAGGAUACUGAAACGGUAUCAAACAGCAGUGAGGGCCGGGCAUCCCCCCACGAUGUCUUGGAGACCAUCUUUGUCCGCAAAGUGGGGGCUUUUGUCAACAAGCCCGUCAACCAGGUGACCCUAACUAGUUUGGACAUACCCUUUGCCAUGUUUGCUCCCAAGAAUUUGGAGCUGGAGGAUGCCGAUCCCAUGAUUUUCAACCAGGUUGGGUCCCUUACAGAUCCUUUGAUUAUUAACAGCAGCUUGCACCCAGUGCAUGGAACCAGCCCCUACCUCCACCUUGUUCUGAAACAGGUGAAUCCUCCGGACUCCCCACAGACCGAAUCCCCUCUCCAGGGCAGCCUGCACUCGAAUGGCUCCAGUGGGGGCAGCAGUGGCAAUACCCACGAUGACUUUGUCAUGAUCGACUUCAAACCGGCUUUUUCUAAAGAUGACAUUCUUCCGAUGGACCUGGGGACCUUCUAUCGUGAAUUUCAGAAUCCCCCUCAGCUGAGCAGCCUCUCCAUAGAUAUCGGAGCGCAGUCCAUGGCUGAGGACUUGGACUCACUACCAGAGAAGCUGGCUGUGCACGAGAAGAAUGUCCGAGAAUUUGAUGCCUUUGUAGAAACCCUGCAGUAAAAGUUGGUGUCCACGGGUACCAGCAGCAUCCCCUUUCUGUGGUCCCAGGAGACAGAGCCUCCCACUCAUCAGCUGCUUCCAUCCCUCAUCUUGCUCCAGGUGGAGAAGAGGCUGGUUUCCCCCAUGGGGACCCGGAAGUCCCUGUUCUGACACCUCCUGGAGACUCCAUGGCAGCAGUCAAGCCCGGUGAUAGCAUUUGAGAGACUCACCCCCUGGCCUUGGAGAUUGGAAGACACUUUAUAACAAAAGGGCCCUCGGCAGGGCCAUCUGCUUCCACCGCCCAUCAGCGACUGCUUCACAAUGGCUGUCAUCCCAUUCCUCCUGCCGGCCCCCUGCCCUGGGUCCUCCCUGCAGCUGGCCCCUUGCUGACUUACCAUCAAGCACUUGACAUUCCAGCUCCUGGCCCAGAGCCUGGCAUGGAGGCAGAAAGAGGAAGGAGACAGUGCUGGGAGGAAGAAGGAAGGGCUCCUUUAGGCUCUUUUUUGGUCCCCUUUGGUUUGAUGUCUUCUUCUCUCUCCUUCCCUGUCUGCGCCCCUGUGCCCAUACUUUUGGCAAUAUGACAGGCCUCUUGCCCAAGGUGGCAAGAACUCCAGAGUCAGCCAUUCCCACCCUUGAGGGUUGUGCCAGCCCAUCUCUCAGCCGAGGCUCUGAGCAGCCCUGGUGGCUGGCUGUGCUCAGCUCCUCAGCUCCAUGGAAGCAGAAUCCUGGGUCUCCAGGAUUCUCUCAUUGGGAGUCACAGCAAAGGUUCUUUUUCUUUUUCUCUCCUUCCUCCCCCUAUUGCUGCUCCUUGGUUAUAAAACAUGGUAAAUAUUUAUUACUUUUCAGAGAAAUCAGAUAUUUUAUAGAGAAAAUAUGUUUGAGGUAAGAUGUUUUCACUUGGGGAAGGUGGAGGGCCUCUUCCUGGAGUAGGGCCUCCUCCUCAGGAGGUUCCUCAGAUUCUGGGUUGCUGCUCUGAGGAUCUUCCUUCCCAUAUACAUAAGGUGGGAUCCAAGAAUAGGGCUGGCUGAGGGCAACGGAACCUCCCAGAAUCGCUGCACUUGAACUGACGACAGGCUUUACCUUAGACUCCUACAUAUUCCUGGUGAGAGCCUUGAAUCUCUCCCAGCUUCUGCAGAGCAACUGACUCCAUUCUCGCAGCCCAGGAAGUCUUGGGUGCUAGAUGUGUACAACUCUGUGUGUACAACUCUUCAGAGUCGUGCAGUGACAUAGAGUGCAAUGUAUGUGCCCCACUGUGGCCCCGGGGAAGGCCAGAGGGGCCCCUCCUUCUGGGGGGACUUGUUUCUGUUUCUCAGGGCUAGGUUAUGGGCCUUUUCCUCUUUCCACCUGGGCCUGGCUACCACCUUUCUUUAAUCCCAGGGUCUGCACCCCGUCCUGAGGUUUACUAGCUGGAUUGGUUCCUUGUUGAGAAACCAAAGCUAGGCAUAGGAUUGACUUAACCAUUUAGGUAUUGUUCCUUGAGUCAGUCAAGCACUUAGCCUCACCCACCUAUCAUCUCUCCCUCCCCCAGCCUACCCGGUAGUCCUGGCCAAGGGAAACAAGGCCCGCCCCAUUCCUCCUGGCCCACCUGGGCUGUUAUUGGCGGCAGCUGUUCUGCCUUGGGGCAGGUGGUCUUCAGUUGCUUGUUAGUAAAUGCAUGUGACAUCGUUCCCACUGAUAAGGCUCAACUCUGAGGGCUGGAGUGCGCUCUCAGGCUGUCUCAGGUAGCCUGAGUCCUGCUCCUGUUGCAUGCAUUCUGCUGCCACAAAGAAAUGUUCCCAGCAGUGGUGUCCGGCUGGCCCUCCUCUUUCGGGGCCAGAGUGCACCCAUGGCCUGCUAAACCAAUCCAGAUCUACCCCGCAGGCCCCAGUGCUCAGAGGGGUGAAGCCCUGGUAAGCUGUUGAUCACCCCCGCCCCCCACGUCCUGCCACAGCAUCUCAGCCACUGUCCUGAGGCCGAGCAUGGGAAGGCCUGUUAGCCAUUGUCCUCUUUGACUCCUGAUUGUUAGCCUUUGCGGGCAGCAGGCUUUCCUUUAGGACCCUGUCAGUGAGAGGCCAGGGAGGCUGAGCCCUGAGCUGAGAAUGGGAGGAGCAGAGCAACUGUCAAGGCUGGCCCUCAGCCCUCGGCCCCAAACACUGACAGGGGUGACCGCUGGACUGACUCCUGCAGAAGCCCCCGGGACAGGGCUGGGGCCCAUCACCCGUCUCCAGGUGGCAGAGUCCCUCCGCCUCCUCCAGCCCACCUUGUUUGGAAAUACUGAGCUAUACUUUAAAACGUAUUCGAGAGAUUUCCAAUAAAUUUUUUCUGUACUUGA